UAGUUGAAAAUUGAAAAUAGUCGACUGACAUCAACAACGCCUCAGUUUUAAACUGUCAACGAAAAUAGUAAAUAAGUUAAUCUAGUCAUAACUGAACCAUCAGCAUUGAGUUGAGGUGAGUAAGAUGCAACACGACGACCUCAUCUGGAGUGUGAUUAGGAAGAACCACUGCUCCUACCGUCUGUCAUCCAGCGAAGUGCAGAAGUUCUGCCAGAAUGUGUACAACAACACUGGCCUCUGCAACCACACCUCCUGUCCACUGGCCAAUUCACAGUAUGCCACCAUACGAGAAGUGGAGGGAAAACUCUAUCUCUACAUGAAGGUGGUAGAGAGAGCCGCUUUUCCCAACCGACUGUGGGAGCGAGUGGCUCUUUCCAACAACUAUCUCAGAUCUCUGCAGCUCAUAACACGCCACCUCGCAUUCUGGCAGCCAAACAUGGUGUUCAAGGUCAAACAGCGCUUCACCAGAAUGAAGCAGUACAUGGUUAGAAAGAAACGACUGAUGAAGAAGGAGCCGGAAGUUCACUUGGAACUGCUCAAGAACAAACACCACAAGCGUGAAAAGAAAUUGGAACACAAAGCAAUGAAAGCGGCCAAAUUGGAACGCACAGUUGAAAAUGAACUGAAAGAAAGGCUGAAAAAUGGAGUUUACAGUGAUAUCUACAAUUUUGAUAAGGAAAUAUUUAACAGGCUAACGGAGAAAGAAAAGACAGAAGAUAAAGAGUUGGAUGACCUGGAAAUGGAAUCCGGAGAUGAACUUAAUUAUGAAGAAGAAACGGAAAGUGUGAACGAAUUUGAAGAACCUGUGAAAGAAUUAGUGGAAAGUGAUUUUGAAGGCCAGUCUGAAGACGAAACGCCAGCAAUAGAGGACUUGGAUAUUUCCACAAAAACAAAGUCAAAGUCAUUAGUCAAGCCAAUUUUGAGUAAGAAGAGUUCGAAAAUGUCGAAAAAGAAACACAAUAAAGUAGAGUUUGAGUACGAAACUGAAGAACCACCUGCCAAAAAACAAACUGUGAAAAGUUUGAAGUUGAAUUUUUAUCAUGUGAUAUCAAGAACUAUGUCUGGAGGACAGGCAACGAAUAGCAACCAGUUCCUGUCAAGGGCCAACCAUAUGCGUCAGUCUCAACUAAACGCCCUGAUGGAUAAUUCUGGCAGCCAAUCACAAUCCGCAUUGUUGAAUCCAACCGCUUCGGAUGCGAAUUUAAAAGUGAACCAUGAGAAAGAAAGUUUGCUGACUGAAAUUGCGAAAAUAGUCGCGCACGAUUCAAAAGAUGGGAAACUUGAAUGUUCUUCGAGCUCUUCGGCUAACGAUCUUCAAAGAGCUAAUUUUUCUGUCAAUGCAAAGUUAAUCCAAACAACCAAAACUGAAGAUGAAUUGUCUAAUUUGGGGGUCGAUGCUUACAAUCAAAAUGAAUUCGAAAACGAAGCUAUUCAGCAGUUCGAAAAACAAGUAAAUUACCAACAGUUUCUGAAGUCAAAAAUCGAUCUGGAAGCUGUUGAAAAGAAAAUUUUUUCUCUCAAAAAGCAAAUAGAAGAAGUUGAGGUUUUGAUCCGAAAAGCGAAUCAAUCUAAACUAUUCGAAGUGCAGAAAAAGCGAAAUGACCUUAUUAAAAAACAAGCUGACUUGGAAAUGAAACUGGAAGAUGUGAACAAAGACGCAGAACGUCUCAAAGAUGAAAUUGACAGUUUUGUCAACAGUGGAGGCAAAAACAGUUUGAACAGUCAAGAAACAGAACGUGAACGGUUAAUUCGGAUAGGAGAAAUUACUCCUUUCGAAGCAACCCCAGAACUCGCAGCUAAUACUUUGUCUCAAAAUGUUCAGCCUGUGAAAAUUGAUAUUUAUCCUAAUAGACUUCUUGCAAAAACUAAUCACUCCAUUUCGCCUAAAAUAAUUGAGAAACAUUCAAGAUGGAAAAAAGAAGAAGAAAAAGGUUCGAAGCGCUCGGAAGAAGAAAGUGGCUCGGAGUAUUCUGAGUACGAGACUGACGAAGAGUUAGGUUACAUAAGCAGUGAUGACAAUUCAGUAACUCGGAAACAAGUCGGCGACUGGAACGACUCGGAUUACUUGACCCGAGUUUCCGACUCGAGUUUCGACGUGACCAAACGUGAAAAUUUUGAAGAGGUUUGUGGUUUGAGAGUUCCGAAAGUGAUUUACGAGCAACUUUUCAAGUAUCAGAAAACAGGGUUAAGAUGGUUGACUAAUCUGCAUACAAAUGGUACUGGCGGUAUUCUUGGUGAUGAAAUGGGCUUGGGUAAAACAAUCCAGAUGAUUUCAUUUCUAGCCGGGCUGAAAUACUCCUCGAUAACGGAUUACACAGUCGGUAGCUUCAAAGGAUUGGGUCCCGUCAUAAUUGUGUGCCCUGCCACUCUAGUUAAACAAUGGGUCGCUGAGCUUAAUAAGUGGUGGCCUCCCUUCCGAGUGGCCGCCUUAACGUCCGAUUGUGAGAGCUCAAAACAAACCAAAGUGGUUUCAAAAAUCAUAUCAACCAAUGGUGUAUUAGUUUGUUCAUACUCAAUUGUGAGAAUACUGGAACAGAAUAUUGUUCACAAGAAUUGGCAUUAUGUAAUUUUAGAUGAAGGCCAUCAAAUACGCAACCCCGAUGCGAAAAUAACCCUAACUUGUAAAAACUUCAAAACAAACCACAGAAUUAUUUUGAGCGGGUCUCCAAUACAGAAUAAUCUGAAAGAGCUCUGGAGUAUUUUUGACUUUAUUUAUCCGGGGAAGUUGGGAACGUUGCCAGCUUUUCAAGAACAUUUUGCAGUUCCAAUAACUCAAGGUGGGUAUACAAAUGCAAAUUCAGUUCAAGUUCAAACCGCGUAUAAGUGUGCCUGUGUACUGAGAGACACAAUUAGUCCAUUUUUAUUACGGAGAGUAAAAGACGACGUGAAAAGUUCACUUACGUUGCCUAAAAAGAGUGAACAAAUUCUGUUUUGUAAAUUAUCAGAUGAGCAAAGAAUGCUUUAUAAAGGCUAUAUUGACAAAAUUGACCUGCGAACGAUCGGAAAUUUCAAGGGAAUGCUUUUCACUAGUUUGACUAAUUUGAGAAAAAUUUGCAACCAUCCUAGAAUUUUCGAAGCUAUUGGAAAGGAAGUUUCAAUGUCCGAAAUUGGCGAUGACGGUCAUUGGAAAGAAUCGGGAAAAAUGAUUGUUGUAGAAUCAUUACUGAGGUUAUGGAAAAGACAAAAUCAUCGAGUACUUAUUUUUACACAGUCAGUGCAAAUGCUGCGAAUAUUUGAGCAGUUUUUGAUCCAUUUCGACUAUCGGUUUUUGAAAAUGGAAGGCAAAACGACAAUCUCGAGUCGCCAGCCAAUGAUAACUCAGUUUAAUUCAGAUCCCUCGAUUUUUGUGUUCCUCUUGACGACCAAAACGGGAGGUCUGGGAGUGAAUUUGGUAGGCGCUGACCGGGUGUUAAUUUAUGACCCGGAUUGGAACCCUGGAACAGAUAUGCAAGCACGUGAGCGAGCUUGGAGAAUAGGCCAAGAUAAAGAUGUCUUAAUUUACAGACUAGUUUGCACUGGUACUAUUGAAGAAAAAAUUUACCAUCGUCAAAUUUUCAAAUUAUUCUUGACCAAUAGAAUAUUGAAAGACCCAAAGCAAAGAAGGUUUUUCAAGUCACAUGACCUGUAUGAUUUGUUCACGCUUGGCGAUGAUGAUUCGAAUGAGAAAGGAACUGAAACCAGUUCGAUUUUUGCUGGCAUAGGUGCCGAUAUAGUUAAAAGGGAAGAAAAUGAAGGCAAAACUACUUCUAAAGUGUCGAGAAAAACUCAGUUUACACAACCUGUUCCACUGGCUAGUGUUCCGGUUCAUAAAUUAGUAAAACCAACAUCACCUGUGAAAAAAGUUGCUGUUAAACGUGAAGAUCCGAAAUCAGAAAAGAAACGACGGAAGCGUGAAAAGAAAGCAGUCAGGGGGGCUAUUAGGGAUAUGAUGAGUAAGUGGGGGGUCUCGACUGAAAGCGAAAUGGGCAAGAGGAUGGUUAGGAGACUGAAGAAAUCACAGACACUUCAGAAUGCCGUGAAAGACAGAGCGGGAAAGAUUGAUGGAGCCAAAAUACACGGAUUAGACAAAGUGAAGCGCAUGAAGAGAAAAUCGGCAGAACAAGAAGAAGUUGAUGAUGAUGGAAAAAAGAAUAGGGGAGGGGACAAAGAGGAACAGGAGCAGCAAGAGACAGACUACAUUCUGGGCAAGUUGUUCAGUGGAGGGGGCAUACAGGGGGCAAUACAGCAUGACGUCAUCGAGGAUAGGGGGCAGGGUCCAGACUACUGGCUGGUCGAGGAGGAAGCCGAAAAAGUUGCACAAGAAGCAGUGGCCAAACUUAAAAGCUCUCAGCAGCUGUGUCAAACUGCCCUGGAUGGAGUUCCGAACUGGACUGGGAGACAUGGUUUCAUCCGAAGAGACUCCGGGGGAGGAGGAGCCAAAAAGUUCGGAUCCAAAGCCAGCUUCAUGAGGAGCUCAAACAUGAAUUCCAGUUCAUCCGAUGCACAAUGUAGUAAUUCAAGUGGUAAUGGCUUGAAUGGACUCUCAAGUGCAGAAAUGUUGAAAAAUCUCAAGUUGAAGAAGAUUGAAGGUGCCACUGCAACCACGUCCUCCGCCAAUCCAUUUUCAAGUGAACAGUCAAAGACAAGAAAUGACGUCAUUAUUGAUGAGAAAGUUCUCGAAGAAAUAGUGACGUACAUAAAGUUCCAUUCGGAAAAUCCAGGCGAAGCUACUAGCGAAGAGCUGAUUGAUCAGUUUAAGUCGCAAGUGGGUGAAGGAAACAACGCUAUUUUUAGAGCCAUGCUAACCCAGGUAUGCGAGAAAACGCAGUCAUUCACAGGAGCAGUUGUGUGGAAUUUGAAGCCAGAAUUUUCAGCAAGACUCUCAGAAACGUGAAACUGAGGAAUAAUGGCUUUCUAUGAUGAACUAAAAAAAUAGAUUAGUAUUAAAUUUUUUCUCGGAAAAGUUUUUUUUUGCUUUUUUGAAUUAUUUCAAGAAUUGAAGUUCUAUAUCACUA